UUUGUAGGCGUUACUAAAUUCUGCAAUUUCUAGGCUACAAUUCCACAACUCUUUCUCCCCAAAUUGCAUUCAUUCUUAACAGCACAAAACCGGAAGAGCUGCUCGCAUAUGUCUCAAACCUCUCAUUGGCUUUUGACCGGAAAGCUUUUACUUUGAAAGCUGCACCCGGAAGUGUGCUUGGUAUUGCCGCUGUCUUGUCUCUGAGCUGAGAGCUGCCGACAUAAAGCGGCAGGGUCCGGCUGAGGGGCGCACAGCAGCACAGCUCUACGGGCGGCCAGCAGUCCUGUGUACACCCACAUACAUGAUGUAUCCGGAAUAACCUGAGAGAAAAACACACUCUCUGGACUUUGAGAGGCGUUUUUCUUACUUUUUUCCCUUUUUCUUUUACAUUUUGAAUUUGAAUUUCUAAUGUUUCAUGUGUGAUGGCUAAUGUGACAUCGGUUGAUGUGGGAGUUCUGAUUCUUAUCGUGGUGACAGCAUCUCUGGCAAACGGUUCCUCAUCUGGCAAAGAUGUAAACCAGAGGAGGGAGGCGGAAGCCGUCAUGCUGAGCACACGUCCGUCCGGCGCUGUGGACGACCUCGCCCUUGUUUCUUCUCAAGGUGAAGCGAAGCCCUGUGACCCGGCAGGGGCCAGGAGGCGGGCGAAGAGAUGCACAUGCUACACUUACAAAGACAAGGAGUGUGUGUAUUACUGCCACCUCGACAUCAUCUGGAUCAACACACCAGAGCACACUGUUCCAUAUGGUAUGUCCAGUUACCAGGGGUCUCUGCGUAUGAAGCGCUCUGCUGGGACUGCCCAGCGCUGUGCAUGCACACUGCAGAGUGACUCUCACUGCAACAGCUUCUGCAUGGACAGGCAGCGGAGGCCACACAGAGCGACAUCCGACAUAGACAAGAGGACACCUACUCUGCGCAGCGGGCCCGCUAUGAAAUGAGCAAAUCAGUUACAUGCUCAUGAUCUGAAAGGUGGAAAUGCGUUUACAUAAGGCAUCCCCUUAUAUGGAAGAGUAGCAUGUAUAUUUAUGUUUCUAUAGAUGGACACGUGUUUGUAGUGUACACAGUGCCUUGUCAUCGGACUGAUGGAUGAAUUACCGUGUAGCUGCCUGCACAAAAACUGAAAGCGAGGGGUACCAGCAGGGAGGCUGAAGGAGUGCGUGACCCUGCCUGUGCCUGCUGGGCAUGUGUGGACAGUUUUUCAUUUUCCCAUCACAACUGAGACUGGUUUACAUGGCCUGUUGUGUGUCAGCAAUGAAAGAUUUUGGUAGAGCAUGUUGCUCACACAUGUCCAUGCCGUGUGAUGUGGAUGAAGAGACCUCAACCCAUACUGUUAAAGACGUCACAAUAAGAAACGGAACACAUGGUCUCCACAGGGACCGCUUUUAACCUGUCUGUCUGCAUCAGCGUACUUUUAAAAUCUCACAAUUAAUCUCACACAAAAAUCAAAUAUAUUAUUUUGGUUAAUAGGUUGUUCCCUUGUGAAGUAAGUUGGGCCUAUCUUGUCUGGGUUUCCCCAGAAUAAGGCCACCCAUUAUUCAGCUUUAGUCUGACAAAAGCAAGACAUGGAUUCCUUGCUUUACAGGUAAAAUACUCUGAGCCCCACCUGGCUUUAUUUAAGCAUAUUUAAAAUGAAAUUGUUACCCAUGUAAUGUGACUGGAAGAAUUUCUGAUACUUGUACUUUACUGAGUAUUUUCAAGCUACUUUCUACUUCUACUUAAUGACAUCUCAUAGGGAAAUAUUGUACUUUUUAUUUGACUAUAUUUAUCUGACUGCUUUACUUGCUAGUUUAUACAUACAAAAGAUAUGAAGAGCUUAUAAAAUAUGAUCCUUUGUAAUAAUUUAAACUACCCAAUACAAUAUACAGCUGAAGCGAUUAGUCGAUUGACAAUUGAAAAUCAAUCGACAAGUAAUAUUAUUAAAAGGUCCAGUGUGUAGGAUUUAGUGGCAUCUAGUGGUGUAGUCGCAGAUUACAAUGCCUUCGCCUCACCCUCCAUUUCCAGAAACUAUGGUGGUGCAAAAAACACAAAUGGCCCUAUGUAGAGCCAGUUUGUCCAUUCUAGGCUACUGUAGAAACAUGGCGGCCACCACUGAAAGCAGUAAAACACGAUUCGUAUAUUCAGGUGAUUAUACACUAAUGAAAACAUACCUAUGAAUAUUAUAUUGCAUUUCUGACAAUAGAUCUUCCUAUAUGUUACACACUGGACCUUUAAUGAUUGUUGUCAUUUUCAUGUAUAAUCACUUCAGCUUCACCAGUGUGAGGAUUUGCUGCUUUUACUUGUAAAUUGUAUUUAUUUUUAACAAUUUGGAGGUUUGGACUGUUGGUUGGACAAAAAAAGCAUUAUGAAGGUGUCACUUUUGGGUUCUGGGUAAUUGUGAUGGUAUUUCAGAAUUUUGACAAACUUGUAACCAAUGGAUUAAUUAAUUAUUGGAUUAAUAGAGAAAAUGAUCAUCAGAUUAAUCCACAAUGAAAAUAAUCAUCAUAUCCAAAUAGUUCAAAAUGAGCUCCACCUCAAACAACUACAGUAAAAUCCUACUUUUACAUUAAUGCAUGAGUCAUAAUAAUCUAAUGAUGAGUAUAACAGUAUAAUAAUAGUGUAUCAGUCACAGGGGACAUUUUUCUACUUUUUGUACUUUAAGUACAUUUUCCUGAUUAUACUCACAUCAUUUUACUUAAGUCACAUUUUCAACUUUGACUAGUGAGUAUUUUUUACAGUGUGGUAUUAGUACUUUUACUUAAGUAAAGAAUCUGAAUACUCCUCUACCACUGCCAGACCCUGUCAUAUUUAGUUAGUUAUCAGAGGCUCCUUUUACAUUCAUACAGAAGACAAUGAAUUGGGCUAGUUGUAGCCUAUUUGUCCUGAUUAAAGCCAGAGUGUUAGCACACCGUGUCUACAGCAUUGCACAGGGUGCAUUUCAGUCAUUGAAAUACAUAGAUAUGCAGGAUGACACUAAUGAUCUAAAGUUCAUAUAUUGUAUCUGCUUAUGGACUUAAUGUGUCUACACUAUGCAAAGAUUAACUAUUUAAACUACACUUUAUGCAUGCAUUGUAUAGGUUGAUGCCUCCCAGCCAAGUUAACUUAAAUACAGUAUAGUAUGCAUAUAAAGCGUAGGAAGGCCACAUAUACAAAGGGCUUGAUUUGUACCACUACACAAAGUCUCCAAGCUGCCCUGUGUCCCAAGGAAUUACCCUCAUAUUGGACGAUUCUGCAGGCUUUGUUCAGUACAAGUACAGGACGUCAAGUCUACGGGUGUGUAGCUCAUCCAACUUUACUGCAGAAGACUGAAGCAGAGUUUGCAUACUCUUACAAUCCAAUAGUUCAUGUUUAUAUGUACAAAAUUCACUUGACACUGGAUGCAAGAGGACCAGAAUCUCAGACCAAAACAAAGGGACAGAAAUAAAACUCACAAAAACUGUCUUUGUUAAUCUUUUGGGUGUCUUUCUAACAAUCACCAACACUGGCUUUGUUGAAAUAAACUAUUAAUUCACUGA